CAAGAUUUGAUUGCUUGAGCUGCUUGAGCCGCUAGCCUACGGUCCUACCCAUGGUGCACUAUGAGGUGGUGGCGGUCGCCGAGUUGGGGGGAGCCCUCGUGCGGGAGGGGAAGAGUUUGACCUCUCAGCAGCUGGCCCGUUUGGGUGUAGGCGCUGUGAUCAAUGAGCUGGAACGCGCGGGGGAACGUCUUCGCUUCAAGAAGGUCUCAGGCUCCGGUCCGGAGAGUGGAUGGGUCAGUGCGAAGCUCCUAGAGAAGUGCGAGGCCACUAAGGCGGCGCCCACCAAAUACCAGGGGAAGAGCCUCCUCGCCCUGGCAGAAGCCAAAGUUCUCGAGAAAGGUGCACCACAAGCCUUGAAAGAAAGCGGAAAGGAUGGUGCCGGGCUUCUGGUGGCUUCAAUGGCACUCUUGGCGCAAGGUGACCUGACAGGCGCGAAUGAGAAGGCCAAGGCGGCCCAGGAGGCGUUGAAGGGCAACAAGGAGCAGGAAGCCUCGGCGCUCCUGGCCUUGGCCCUGACCACCAGCGAAGCCAAGACAGCCUUAGGACAUGGGAUGGCCGCGCAGGCCGCCUUCAAGGAGGUGGGCGACAAGCAGAUGGAGGCCUCGGCGUUGACGGCGUUGGCCAACCUGCGCUUGAGCUUGAAAGAACUCAGUGUCGCGGAGGCCUUGGUGAAAGACGCCUUGCGGAUCUUCCAUGAGAUCAAGGACCCCGAGGGUGAAGAAGCCGCCGAGGCGACCCUGUUGGAGAUUUGCACCCUGAAAGACACCUCGACGUCCACGGCCAGUGUCUACCAAGAACGUGCCGCCUACUGCAAGAGCAAAAGCGACAAGUUGGGCCAGGGCCAAGCCCUGCAGAAGAUGGCCGAGCAGCUGUUGGAGUCUGCUUCGAAAGAGGCGCUGGAGUCCUCCAAGGAGGCCUUGGAGCUCCUACAGCAGGCCGGGGAUCAGAAGGGCACCCUCUCCGCACUGCACACGGCUGCCCUGGCGACGGGCGACAAGUCCAAAGUCGAGGAGGCUUUGAAGAUUAGCCGCUCCUUGGGAGAUGAGAGCAGCCAGGUGGAGCUGCUGACGACCCUGAGCGCCUUGCACCUACGGGGGCAUCAGAAGGAGUUGGCCAAGACCAGGGCAGCCGAGGCCCAGACGUUGGCGAAGAAGUUGCAAGACGAGCCGGCGGCCGGGCGUGCAGCCCAUGCGGUGGCCAGUGCGAUGUUGGCGUCGGGUGAGACGACCGAGGCCUUGGCUUUGGCCAAGGAUGCUGCGAAGCUCUUGACUGGCGCUGCGCGGGCGCUGGCCCUCUGCACCGCAGCCGGUGCGGCCGCCUCGAAGGAAGCGUGUGAGCUGCUCCGACAGGCGGUGCCUCUCUUCAGCGCCGCAAAGGAUGCAGGUGGCGAGGCCACUGCGAAGCUGCAACUUGCCACGGCUUUGUUGGCCUACGAAGGUCCUUUGGUCGAGGUCUUUCAGAGCCGAUCAGAAGCUGCUGGCCUGGCCGAGCAGGCCCGUUGUGCUUUCUUGGUGCUGGGUGACCAGAGGAGCCAGGGUCGCGCGUCCAACGUGGCGGCACAGAGUAAGAUCCUCUUGAACGACCUCGAUGGUGGCAUCGAGGCUGCGAUGCAGGGGGUGGUCCUGGCCCGUUCCUGUGGCGACAAGGAGCUGGAAGCCUACGCCCUGCGCACGGCGUUGGCCGGAAUGGUGUCCAAGGGGUGCAGCGCCAAGGCACUGCGCUUGGCCAAGGAGGUGAAGAUCCUCUUCCACAAGCUGGGGGUGAAAGCCAUCGAAGAGUCGCUGGAUUCCUUGAUCUUGCAGUUGGAGGAGGAGCUCCCAAAGAUUUCGCCCAUUCAACGGAUGACCAUCACGCCUAAGGAUACGAAGAUCAACCUCAGCAGCAACUCCUUGUUCACUCAAGCGACCAACUGCAUUGUUUGGUCGUUGCCGUUGACGCAGAUGACCUAUAUGAUGUAUCUCUUUGAGCUCUUGAAGUUUGUGGACGACUUGAAGAAUAUCCCGGACCGGGUCGCUUUCCUGGUGAUGACGAAGGGUGUCAUGGCCCGGCACACCGGAGAGAUGGCCGCGUCGCAGUUCACGGGCGCUUUAGGAACCACAGUCUGGGCGGUGUGCCGCACCAUUCGCUUGGAAAGCCCCAAGUUGUUGGUCUGCACCGUGGACAUGCCGUCCAGCGCCACCACUCAUGAGAUGACUGACUGCAUCCGUGCAGCGCAGUUGGAGCCCGGUCCUCGCAACGAGAUCGCCUUCAUCGUCGAUCGCAAGAAUCAGCUAGGCAAGCGGCCAUACUGAUCCUCAGCUUCCAGAUUUGCAUUCCGUGAAAAAGACGACCUAUACGACUGAUCGUGCGCAUACGGGCUUGAGACCAAAUCAAUGAGGUGUUCACGUCCAAGUAAGACGGAUGGAUCAUGAAACCAGACCCUCUAGUUCUGAAGUGCACCCAUGCAGGUCUCACUUGGCGCCCCACACUUCAACGUGCUGUGAUGUUGGCAUGAACAUCACAAGAGACAUGCGACGACCCACACUUGAAAACUUUACACUUGAUGGCCAGGAAUGACUUGUGGCUUGUCUGAAACGAUGUUCAAACGGGCGGUCUGCGGGGAAUGUGGCGGUCCCUGAAAAUGAACUGAACCAUGUAAGAAACAACAUAAAGAAAUGAAUAUUCGGCCCAUCGAUCUCCCAUGGUGCUGUCUGUGGCUUUUGGCACUCUUGCUCGCGCCAGAGGCAACACAUGCAGCAGCGUGCAGCAACGC